AUGCUCACAGAGGUUACCCUAAGCACUUAUAUUAACGAAGACAAGAAGUCGUGGCUUCUUCUACUUUUCAUUCCCGCAGCAUUCUCCUUUGUUUGCCCAACGGAGGUGCUCGCCUUUCAGAAUUGUCUGGAAGAGUUCAGGGACCGCAACUGCGACAUUAUCUUCGUUUCAGUCGAUACUAAGCACUCACUUUGGCACUGGCAGAACGUCCCUCGACAAUACGGUGGCCUGGGUCAGAUUGAUAUCGCAUUGCUUAGCGAUGCAAAUCAUAAAAUGAGUCGCGACUACGGGGUCUUGAUCGAGGAGGAAGGGGUUUGUUUACGGGGCAUGUUCAUCCUAGACGAGGAGACGGUGGUGCAGCAGGUAACACUUAACAACCUCACCGUGGGCCGUUCUGUCCUCGAAGCACUCCGCUUACUUGAAGCCUUCCAAGCCGUAGCCAAGCACGGAGUUCUCUGCCCCAUAGACUGGAAGCCAUCUAAGGACAAUAACGACAUCGCGCAAACUAUAUCGAACACGCUGACUGAGUCAUACGAGGAUCGACUCGCCAACCUGCAGAAAGAAUUUGGUGACACGGUCGUUACAGACCUGGACGCUAAGCACAAGCGUGGCAGCGAAGAGACAAGCAGUGCAUCGAUCGAGGAGCGUCUGAAUGCUUCUCGGCAAAGCAGCAACGUCACUACGAGCAGUGUUGCUACAAGCAGUCGCAAAAGGAGUGUCAGUAUCAGCACUCCGAGCACCCGCAAGACUAGCACCGAUAUGCAUUCGAGCCGGGAGUCUAGUAGUAGGGAAGCCUUUGACUCGCCGAAGGAGACGACAAUCAGCGGAAAGGCUGACGAAGAGCCGCUCAAGAAUUCCACCAACGAUUGUCUGCCGCACACUAGGGCGAGCGUUGGCUCCACACACUCAAGGUGGUCGUUCAAGUCGGAAAAGAGCACGAGUGCACCGCCCAGUGCGAGUCUCGCGACCAUGCCGACGCCGAGCAAACAAGAGCCGCCAAAGUUGUUGAAGCAGCAUUCGCAGAGUAGUACGGCGCGUCAUGCCAGAGGUCACUGCAGCACUCGCGUUCCGUCAAUGACCAAGACCUUCGCCACCGACGGUACUCCGCCUACGCCAACUCACUUCCUCGCCCUCUCCCCUCGCAACACGUACGAGUCCCGCCGCGGCUCCCAAGUCAUCCUCGAAUUUGCAGACCCUACCUCGUCGCCCCAGUCUUCUCCGCACGCCACACCAGGCCUGACCCAGUUCCCCUAUUCGCCGUGGCUAUCCAGUCCACUCCUCGCCUCGCCGGGAACGACGCCUAGGCCACUAACCUUGGUGAGGGAUACGAGUUCGGAGGCAGUGAAUGAAAACGGUGAAGCGGGCCAGACAAGACUUCAGGCGACGUUUGAGGCGAUCAAGAAGAUGGGGGCCGGGUUGACGAGUCCGAGUCCCAAGAGAACCGUGAGUAGAGGCGCGGGGAAGGGAGGUAGGAAAGAGGAGGUGCAGACGCCGGGGUAUUUCGAUGUUAUUGUUGAUGCUGUGGAGGCUUGA